CUAUUAUAACUCUCUCUCUCUCCGUAGUUAGAGUAUUUUAGAAGAUAUAACAAAUUCUCCAAAUUCAAUUUUGCUAUUUUAUUUUAAUAUAAAAAUUAGUAUAUAAACUUUUAGUAAUAUUACUUUAAUUAUAAUUUGGUCGAAUUUUGUAAAACAGUGGCUGAAUUGAAUUACAUGGAACCACCACCUCCUUCUCUAUCCUCCACCGCGGUGGCAUCCACCUCCAUCCUCGCCACAACCGCACUUGUUCCUCCUCCUCCACCACUUCAUGUAACUUCAUCUUACCCCGAGUCUCUUGAAUCCUCCCCUCAUUCUCGCACCACCGAUGGCUGGGAUGACCUCCCUGCUCCUUCCGGCGGUGGCGGCGGAAGCACCGUCUCUUCUAAAAUCCGUCUCAUGUGCAGUUACGGUGGUCAUAUCCUCCCUCGUCCUCACGAUAAAUCCCUCUGCUACAUGGUCGGUGACACUCGCAUCAUAGUCGUUGACCGUAACACCUCUCUCUCUUCUCUCCUUGCUCGCCUCUCCAACAUGCUCCUGGACGGCCGCUCCUUCACCCUCAAGUGCCAGCUACCCAGCGAAGACCUUGACUCUCUCAUCUCCGUCACCACCGACGAAGAUCUGGACAACAUGAUCGAGGAGUACGACCGUACCAUCUCCGCCUCCAAUUCCACCAAACCCUCGCGCCUCCGUUUGUUUCUCUUCACCUCCAAGCCUGAGGCUAUGGGUCAGAUCCUCGAGAGCUCUGCCAAGAGCGACGAUUGGUUCCUCAACGCUCUCAACAGCGCUGGNCUCAACGCUCUCAAUAGCGCUGGUCUCCUCAACCGAGGGUUCUCUGAUUCUGACACCAACGUCAAUCAUUUUCUUGGGUUGGACCAUGUUGGAGAAGGAGAUCUCCGCGAUGAUGGCUCCGUCAAAAGCGCCAAGCAGCAGCAGAUCCAGCAGCCUCCUACCCCGCAACAGCAACCGCAACCGCAAGGAAGUCAAGAUGUUCACUGCUUGCCUGAUUCUCCCAUGUUGGACACCUCCUCUUCUUUUGGCUCUACUUCUUCCUCUCCCUCUCUCGCCAAUUUGCCUCCGAUUCGUGUUCAUGUUGAGGAACCCACCGGCGUCAGGACUCUCCCAGAUCAGAAAAACCUGGGAAUCGAGGAGCAGUUCACACGCUUCAACGUUGGGAGUAAGCAGCUCCAGCAACAGCAGGACGACGGAUUCGCUGCCAUGUCCUCACCACCGCCGAUGCCUGUCACAAUCGCGCUUCCUGCUGCGACCAUUUCAAAUGAGUCCCACACGCGGUUCAUCUCUGACGAUGAGAGAUCCGAUCACAGUGUGCCUGCUGGAUACAGGAAACCUCCCACUCCGCGUUCCUAGCCGCAGAAUCUGCCGCCUCAGCUCAAAUUUAAUAGCGAGCUGCCAUCACCCAAUUCCGUUUCCAGUGAUAGCGGUAUGAGCAACCCUAUGUUUCACCAAAGACCUUCUGUCUAUCAAGAACCAAUUGCUCAGAUGUCCUCUGCUGCUUCCACCGUUGUUACUGGUAUGAUCAACCCCUCGGAUCCAAGCACGCUUUUAUCCCCCAAUCAGAAUCAGGACCCAGGCUACAUCCUUCACCCCCAAUUCGAGCAGCAAUCUCAGCCACAGCAGCAGCAGCAGCAACAGUUCAUACACACUACUGCUGCACUUCAAUACAUUCAUCACCAUCCCUCUAGCGGCCUUCCUCUCCAGACUUACAUCCAGGUGUACUCUUCACAACAGCCACCGCAGCAGCACCAGCAGUCUUUCCACCAGCACCAUGGUCGACUGGAUCAACAGCGUUAUCCUGUUUAUUAUGUUACUGCUCCACUCCCACCUAGGCCCUACAGUAUGCCUGUGCCACAAUCUGCAACUGUUAGCGAGGCUCCAGGUUCUCUGUCUUCUAACCAUCUCCAGGCACCUCCCAACUCUACCAUGAUGCCUCCACCUCCUAGCAACCACAUGAGAAGUGUUACUGGUGCCAAACCUGAGAUGGGACAGGCUGGGAUUUACACAACAGCCCCAGGUGUGAGCGGUGCUCAGAUAAUUCACCAGAUUCCAACAAGCCAGCAGCAAUUCAUGGGGUAUUCGCAGAUCCAUCACCCACCUCAGUCGGGUUCAGCUGGGAUUCCUAACUAUGGAUAUGAAUACGCUGACAAUGCUCAUACACAAAUAUACUAUACCCAACCUCUGGGACACGCACAGUACCAGACAAUGACCGGACCUCCACCUGCCAUGGUGAUGCCUGAUGGUUCUGCUGCUGCUAAGCUUCCAGCUGAGAACAUGACUCAACAGAUACGGAGUUCACAGCCAUUGUGACACACACAGAACAAUGAAGAUGAACCACACAAUUUUGGAGGAAGAAAACCCGGGUUGGUUUUUAAACGUAUAAAUAUAUAAAUUACUUUUUUUUUUACAAGUUGCUGCAUCAAAAAAGAGUCGGGCUUCGUGUUGGUUUGGUAUUAUGGAUUAUGUUGUAAGUGUUGUGUGAGUAAUUAGAAAAUAAGGAAGUAGUGCUGCUUCGUGGGGUUUUACAUUAUAGUUGCAAUUGAUACUGGUUGUGCUCUUACCAUUUUCCUAGAUCUUAUAUCAUAUUAUUAUCAUACAUUUUAUAUUGUAAAUGUAUCACUC